AUGUCUCUUGCACAGAAGCAGAGGUCUGAUCCCGAUAUAGAUUUCAAUGCGGUGCAAUCAGAGAAUCGAGACGCUAGCGCGACGCGUUCACAAGGCAGUUCUGAUCGUGACGCUGUGUUGACUCCGGUUGACACGGGCACGCUGGUCGUCAAAAAUGAGGGAACUAGUUAUAUUGACAGUGCACAUUGGCGCGCUAUUCUGGAAGAGAUUAAUGGCGUGAAAGAAUAUCUAGAUGAGGAUGGAGAAAAUUCCGACGAUGAAAGCGUCAAGAUUGACCCGUACGAUGACUCGUCACCAGUUCUGCUGCUUGGUCAUGGCCGUCCGGUGAGCAAAGAGGAGGUGCUUAUGGACAUCCCUCCGCGGUCAAUAACCGAUCGCCUGGUCUCUCGAUUCCUCAAGACGUCUGAACCGGCACGAGUGUCAAUCCAUGUUCCCACGUUCCAGAAAGAGUACGAGGAGUUCUGGCUAUGCCCAGCAGAUAAAUCUUUUACUUGGAUUUCGCUCUUAUACUCGAUCAUGGCUUUGUCUGUCUCUCUAUAUCAUCGAGGCUCAGAGCCGUUGCCUCCUACCAUGGCGGACCCUACCAGGUCAUGGGCCAUAUUCCGGAAAAGGUCCUCGCAGUGUCUUAUCCAAGCAAACUACAUCACUCCAGGGCGAUACAAAGGAGAAGCACUAUUCUUUUACUCACUCACCGAGUUCUACCGGACCCAGGAUGCGCAGAUUGGAAUGUCCUAUUUGCUCGGGAUGACUAUUCGCCUGACUAUGCGCAUGGGUUAUCAUCGUGAUCCGCGUCAUUACCCAAUGCUAUCUCCCUUGGAUGGGGAAAUGCGCCGGCGUCUCUGGGCCUUGCUCGUUCAACUCGACACUUUAAUCUCAUUUCAAGUUGGCGUCCCUCGAACAAUUCAGCCUUGGCAAUAUGACACAGAGUUGCCCUCUAACUUGUUGGAUACCGACUUCGACGAUAAUUCAGUGAAAUUGCCACCCGGCAGGCCAAAGCAUGAAGGAACAGAUUGCUCGUACACGAGGGCCAAAUCUCACAUUAUGAGCGUUUUUGGUCAUAUAACAGACCUAGCAUUCUCUCGAGAGCACUCAUCCUACGAUGAGACCGUGGAAAUUGACGGUCGCUUGGAGACUGCACAUGAUAUGGUACCCUCCUUCUUGCAAAUUCGACCAAUGACGCAGUGUAUCGCAGACCCAGCAGAAUUGACCAUGCGGCGCUUCGCCCUGGAGCUCCUGUAUCAAACGGCACGUCUUGUGCUACAUCGCCGGUAUAUCGCAGAGACCAAUCCCAAAUUUGCUUACUCGCGAUCAGUCUGCCUGGCCGCAGCUCGGGACGCGCUUCGAUACCACACAGAGGUCUGGACCGAGUUCAUGCCCGGCGGUCAAUUGUACGCAGAGCGGUACUUCCUCAACUCCCUCCAAAAUUCCUUCUUGCUCUCGGCAAUGAUUCUUUGCCUUGAGAUGUCCCAGGAUACAGAUCGUGGUGAUGCUGCACGCCUCGAACCCCACGAACGCGCGGAGUUCUUGCUUCUUCUGGAAACUACCCAUCACAUAUUCAUGGAAUCCAGUCACCAGUCUGUAGAUACACAGCGAGCAGUGAAUGCUUUGACUAUCAUGCUCAAACGGGUGAAGAAAUGUGACUUUAAAUAUCCCAGUUCGACUGCUGGCCAAUCAACAGCGCUCAUGGAUAAUGAUAUCUCAACCCAAUCCACUGGUACAGCAGCCUUUGAUCAACAAUACCAAACAUACACAUCCAAUAUUGGCGAAUUGCAGUCCGCAAUACCCAACCCCGGCCAGACGCCGUCAUACAACUCCUUGGGGGUCAUUGAAGACAUGUUUGAUAUACCUGCUCAACUCGACUGGAACCUGUACGACAGUCAUAUCUCAGGGGUCGAAAUGGCCACCAAUAACAACUGGUACUCCGAUGGUCCAACGACUCCGUACGAUUUUGCCGCGUAUCCUCCUGGGUUAUCGCCGAUGGAUCAUCAGAGCUACCAGCAAUGA